GAGUUCAGGUUGGUUAAAAACGGAUCUUUCUGCAUCUUUAGUAUUUAUCAUUUGUUCCCGCAUUAUUUACCGAACCUAACUAGUUCACCAGUAAGUUACAGUAACCAACCCCAACUAGUUCACCAGUAACCGACACACGUUAUAAAUCGGCGACGCUCGAAGUGACUCACAGUGACGUAAGACGACGCACAGUGACGUAGGGUAAGCAGACCAACAUGGCGGCGCCCGUGGAGCUGCGGUUCGUCUUGGAUCAGCUGCCCGCCGACCCGCUGCUUCUCGUCUUCUCCUUCCUCGACUUCAGGGAUCUCAUCCACUGCAGCUUCGUCAGCAGGAGGCUGAACCAGCUGUCCGGCCACAACCCUUUGUGGAGGAGCUUGUGUUCCCGCUACUGGCUAUUGACUGACGCUGACCGGGUGGCCGGCGCCCCCUCCUGGCGGGCCCUGUUCAGGCAGUACUACCUGGACUGGGGCCGUUACCUCCGGCACUACGCCGUCCUGAAGACCUCCUGGGAGACCCUGAAGACCUUCCUAUCUCAGCGAUGUCCGCGCAUGAUCGCUUCUCUCAAAGAUGGAGCAAAGGAGGAGGAGCUUGACUCCAUCGAGACUCAGAUCGGCUUCAAGCUGCCGGAGGAUUACCGCUGUUCUUACCGCCUGCACAACGGCCAGAAGCUAGUGGUACCAGGUCUGAUGGGCAGCAUGGCGCUGUCCAACCACUACCGCUCUGAAGACCUCCUGGACGUGGAGACGGCGGCGGGGGGCUUCCAGCAGAGGAAGGGCAUGAGGCAGUGUCUCCCUCUCACCUUCUGCUUCCACACCGGACUCAGUCAGUACCUGGCCCUGGAGGCCACCGAGGGACGCAACCUCUCAGACAUCUUCUACCACUGUCCUGACCAGCUGGCCCAAGACCCGUCAGCCAUCGACAUGUUUAUAACAGGCACCAGUUUCUCAGACUGGUUUACUACUUACGUCAAUAAUGUUGUGACUGGAGAAUACCCCAUCAUCAGAGACCAGAUAUUCAGGUAUGUGCGUGAGCAGCAGUGCGUGGCCACCACGGGGGACCUGAGCGUGAGCGUCUCCACCGCCUUCCUCCCAGAGCUGUCGUCGGUCCAUCCACCGCACUUCUUCUUCACCUACAGAAUCAGGAUAGAGAUGUCGUCCAGCGCGUCCCCGGACGCGGCCUGUCAGCUGGACAGCCGCUACUGGAAGAUCACCAAGGGCAACGGGGAGGAGGAGGAGGUGCGCGGGCCGGGCGUGGUCGGAGAAUAUCCUGUGAUGAUGCCAGGAAAGGUUCAUGAGUACGCCAGCUGCACCACCUUCAGCACCACCUCAGAGCACAUGGAGGGACACUACACCUUCCACCGGCUGGCCAAUAAGGAGGAGGUUUUCAACGUCUUGAUUCCACGCUUCCACAUGGUCUGUCCCCCCUUCAGGAAGUCUGUCGUUAGAUCGCAGGGUUCGACCAAUGACAGGUCUUGGUUAAACGACGAUGACUCUGAUGGUGACCAUGGCGACUUCAGAGGCAUCAACCUGGGGGACGGGGCGCAGUGCCCCCGCCACGUCUAGUCCUUUAGCCCCGCCCCUCACCUGACGGACAGCUCUGUGGGCCUAUCAAACUCCUGGUCUCGUUCUCCGUCGCUUCUUGCUUCUGGUCUUCUGACAUGUUGACGUAUUGGUAAUGGGGUUGUCAUGGUUACCACUGACAUGUUGACAUAUUGGUGAUGGGGAUGUCAUGGUUACCACAUGUUGACAUAUUGAUAGUAUGGUAGUCAUGGUAACUACAAGCAGAGAGGUAACUCUGGGUAUGCAAUGCACAGUAUACGACUGUACACUAGACUGAGUACUAUGUACUACAUAGUCGGCACUAGUAGUAGGUAGUACCUUCAUACUGAGUAUUAUUUGAUACUUUGAAGGGGCUGGUGGUCUGAUUGGCUUGAGCCUGUGUAUAUAGAUAUACCUCCAGGUAUUUGGUAUUUGGGACACUUUGAGUUUCUUUAUCUAGUUAUCACUUUGAGCAUUGAUUAAGUUUCUCUGGAGAGGAAACGCGGAGACAGUGUAGACACACUAUUCACACAUUAUACAGGCUGUGUGUCUGCUGUUCGUAUCAUAUAUAUAUAUAUAUAUAUAUAUAUAUAUAUAUAUAUGAGAUAGAUGUGUGUGUGUGUCCACAUUGUUCUUUUUAUUUAAAUCCAGAGUGGAUUUAAAUUUUCCUUCAGAAAUCAGUUUUUUGUCUUGUUUUGUUAUUAUAUUUAAAUAAAAAA